AUGGCUUCGCUGCGGUCUUGGUUCAACAUACCUCGUGGCUCACACUUCUCACUAGCCAACAUCCCGUUUGGUGUCAUCUCGACAGCGUCAUCUCAGUCACCGCGCCUGGCAGUCGCCAUCGGAGAUCACGCACUAGAUCUCCAAGUCUUUGCUGCAAACAAUGGCUUCUCCGGUCUCUCUACGAUACAGCCACAUCAAGCUGUCUUCUCGCAACCAUCGCUGAACGCGUUUGCAGCGCUUGGCCACCCAAUCCACUCUGUGGUUCGCAAGUACAUACAAAGCGUCUUCUCUGCCGAUACAACAUACCCCGAUGUUCUGAAGAACAAUGCGGCACUCCAAAAGCAAGCCUUGAUACCGCUCAAGGAAAUCAAAGCACAUCUGCCAUUCAAGAUUGGCGACUACACUGAUUUCUUUGCGGGGAUGAACCAUGCUUACAACUGCGGCGUCAUCUUCAGAGGACCCCAGAACGCACUGCAACCAAACUACAAACAUCUCCCAGUCGGUUACCAUGGUCGAGCAUCUUCAGUAGUUCCAUCAGGAACACCUAUCCGGCGGCCCAAUGGUCAGAUAUUACUCGAUCCUACCGCAGAAAAGAAGGUGCCUACAUUCAGCCCAUGUAAGAAGCUGGACAUCGAGCUGGAGCUAGGUGCUUUUGUCUGCGGGUCAAAUGAGCAGGGAGUGCCAAUUCCGAUCGAGAAAGCCGAAGAGAAUCUGUUCGGUGUUGUGCUCAUGAACGACUGGUCUGCGAGAGACAUUCAAGCUUGGGAAUACGUACCCCUUGGGCCUUUCAAUGCGAAGAACUUUGGCACCACGAUCAGCACUUGGGUUGUACUCGCAGAUGCACUGGAGCCAUUCAAGACGAAGGGGUUGGAGAAUGAUGCGGAAGUGCUGCCCUACUUGAAGGAGAAGGACGAGAAGAGUGUAUACGACAUUAACCUCGAAGUCGAUGUUAAGACGUCGACCGGCAACAAAACAACGGUAUCGAAAGUAAAUGCACGAAAUCUACUCUGGUCAUUCCCGCAGAUGCUGACACACCACACCAUCACCGGAUGUCCGUUCCAACCGGGUGACCUGCUGGGCUCUGGCACCAUAAGUGGGAACUCCCCAACCGAGUACGGAAGUUUUCUAGAGCAAAGCAACAAUGGGAAGGAGACUAUAGCUCUAGAAGGUGGCGAGAAGAGGACUUUCUUGGAGGACGGGGAUGAGAUCACUAUUCGAGGAGUAUGCGGGUCAGACGAGGAGGCUUUGGUUGGCUUUGGAGAGUGUGUGGGUCGCAUUGAGCCUGCGCUGAAGUUGAGCUUUGCUUGA